AUGACUGACGCCAACACAAGGGACCCGUCCUCUCUGGACGGCACACCACGUCGGCCCCUGCAGGAAAGCGAGCCACGCCCCAGCAUUGUCGAAACCCCCUCAAGGCAGGUUCUCAGUGGAUCACGUGUUGCCAGAGAACGUCCAUGGAGCAGAGGUAUUCUUCCUAAUGACUUUCCCGAGUAUCGCAGACAAAUGUGCCUUCCUUGGUGGGAGGGAAUUGAUCCAGCGGAUCUGAAGCCGGGCGAAGGGAAGACUUUGUGGAAGUGGUCGGGUAAUGGCAAAAUCUCGCACGAUUCUAACAAGGAGUCCAAAACAGUAGCCGACCAGCAUAUCAAGGCACUGAAGGAGCUCUUCGACAAGGAGCUGUCGGGUGACAACCGAUACCACGAAUCUCUGACCAAGCUGAAGGAUUUGGCAGAAAUGCUAGAUGGAUACCCUGUCGCCAAGCAAGACUUCGAGGAUGCCAUACAACCAGUUAGGGAGGCCAUAGAUGUCUGGCACGAGAUCUUUGCGAAGAUGGGAGCAAAAUCGGUGCCAAUCGCAGAAGCAGAUCUUGUCUCUGAUUUUGGCAAUCCCAUCAGCCCCUUCCUUGGUCUACCGGCAGACUCUACGACGUGGGUAGACUUUUUGAGAAAGUUGAUUGGACUGGAGGAAUGGGAUUUCAUUCAAAAAGUCACGAGUAUCCAGGUUUAUGGGGUUGGGAAAUUGGGGCUGCUAUCAAAGACUGAUCUUGAUGAGGCACUCCUCGUGGUCAAGAAUCAAGCCCACUUCCGAUACCUCAUGUGGGCAGAAAAGCUCAUCAAGGCCUACGAGGGCGAUGAAUCUAACCUUAUGAACACAGGGCGUCGACGCAAGGUGGAUGAAAUGCCCCCCAACGCCGAGUUUGAGAAGGACAAGUCCCACAACGACGACCGCGAGAAUGAGGAUGCCGCCACCUUUGAAGCAAGUCUCUGGGAACCCGUCGGGGUUAUGAGCGAUUCUCAAUAUCAGGAGUAUCUUCGCAUCGUGGCCGAGCAGUCAAAGGAGAGCGAGAGCGAACCCACCGCUUCACAGAGCAAUCCACAGAACGAAGAGGCCGAUGACGAGAUGGUAAUCGAUGAGGAGACACUGAACAAUAUGUUUGCAGGUUGGAUUGGGCACAUGCCCAUCCCCGCAGGUCCUGACGAGCUGGAAGAUGAGGAGGAGGAAGGUGACGAGGAGGCAAGAUGGUUCAUAGAGUGA